GCAGCCAUGUCCGCCUCGAGGGACCUGGCGAUCGGCAUCGACCUGGGCACCACGUACUCGUGCGUGGGCGUGUUCCAGCACGGCCGGGUGGAGAUCCUCGCCAACGACCAGGGCAACCGCACCACGCCCAGCUACGUGGCCUUCACCGACACCGAGCGGCUGGUCGGCGACGCCGCCAAGAGUCAGGCGGCGCUGAACCCGCACAACACGGUGUUCGACGCCAAGCGGCUGAUCGGGCGCAAGUUCGCCGACGCGACGGUGCAGUCAGACAUGAAGCACUGGCCCUUCCAGGUGGUGAGUGAGGGUGGCAAGCCCAAAGUGCGGGUGUCCUACCGCGGGGAGGACAAGACGUUCUACCCCGAGGAGAUCUCGUCCAUGGUGCUGAGCAAGAUGAAGGAGACGGCGGAGGCAUACCUGGGGCAGCCCGUGAGGCACGCUGUGAUCACGGUGCCCGCGUACUUCAACGACUCGCAGCGCCAGGCCACCAAGGACGCGGGUGCCAUCGCGGGGCUCAACGUGCUGAGGAUCAUCAACGAGCCCACGGCGGCCGCCAUUGCCUAUGGGUUGGACCGGCGGGGCGCAGGAGAGCGCAACGUGCUCAUUUUUGACCUGGGCGGGGGCACCUUCGACGUGUCGGUCCUCUCCAUCGACGCGGGUGUCUUUGAGGUGAAGGCCACUGCUGGAGACACCCACCUGGGCGGAGAGGACUUCGACAACCGCCUGGUGAACCAUUUCAUGGAGGAGUUCCGGCGGAAGCAUGGCAAGGACGUGAGCGGGAACAAGCGAGCCUUGCGCAGGCUGCGCACAGCCUGUGAGCGUGCCAAGCGCACCCUGUCCUCCAGCACCCAGGCGACCCUGGAGAUCGACUCCCUGUUCGAGGGCGUGGACUUCUACACGUCCAUCACUCGUGCCCGCUUUGAGGAACUGUGCUCAGACCUCUUCCGCAGCACCCUGGAGCCUGUGGAGAAGGCCCUGCGGGAUGCCAAGCUGGACAAGGCCCAGAUCCAUGAUGUGGUCCUGGUGGGAGGCUCCACCCGCAUACCUAAGGUGCAGAAGCUGCUACAGGACUUCUUCAACGGCAGGGAGCUGAACAAGAGCAUCAACCCUGAUGAGGCUGUGGCCUAUGGGGCUGCCGUGCAGGCGGCGGUCUUGAUGGGGGACAAGUGUGAGAAGGUGCAGGAUCUUCUGCUGCUGGAUGUGGCUCCCUUGUCCCUGGGGCUGGAGACAGCAGGUGGAGUGAUGACCACGCUGAUUCAGAGGAAUGCCACCAUCCCCACCAAGCAGACCCAGACCUUCACCACCUACUGUGACAACCAGCCUGGGGUCCUGAUCCAGGUGUAUGAGGGUGAGAGGGCCAUGACCAGGGAUAACAACCUGCUGGGGCGCUUUGAACUCAGUGGGAUCCCUCCUGCCCCACGUGGAGUCCCCCAGAUUGAGGUGACCUUUGAUAUCGAUGCCAACGGCAUCUUGAGUGUGAUGGCCACCGACAGGAGCACAGGCAAGGCUAACAAGAUCACUAUCACGAAUGACAAGGGCCGACUGAGCAAGGAGGAGGUGGAGAGGAUGGUUCGUGAGGCCGAACAGUACAAGGCUGAGGAUGAGGCCCAGAGGGACAGGGUAGCUGCCAAAAAUUCCCUGGAGGCCCAUGUCUUCCAUGUGAAGGGAUCCUUGCAAGAGGAAAGCCUAAGGGACAAAAUUCCCGAAGAAGACAGGCGUAAAGUACAAGACAAGUGCCAGGAAGUCCUUGCCUGGCUGGAGCACAACCAGUUGGCAGAGAAGGAGGAGUAUGAGCAUCAGAAGAGGGAGCUGGAGCAAGUCUGUCGCCCCAUAUUCUCCAGGCUCUAUGGGGGGCCUGGUGUCCCUGGGGGCAGCAGUUGUGGGGCUCAAGCCCGCCAGGGGGACCCCAAUACCGGUCCUAUCAUAGAGGAGGUCGAUUAAAUGGCCACACGUGAUGAGUCAGCUGUGAUUGUAAGGCUGGACUUACGGACCUACUAGACUCUUCUGUGACCCUGCCCUGUAACUACAGGGAUGAAAGGCUGGGGGGGGGGGGCCUUCCUCCCAAAGCUGGAGGUUUUUUCCCAGUGUGUUUGUUUGCUGACUUCUUUUCCCCUUUAAAUCCUCUUCUCCCACUUCAAACACAGUCAUUAAUUUAUUAACACUUGUGUGGUACUUUUACAUUUCUUUCACCUACAUUUUGUUUAUUUUGUUACUUGCACAUAUGGAUUUUGUUAUGUGAAAUAUAGUUGUAGAUCUUAAUAAA